AAGAGUUUGAACGAGCAGCUUUAGCUUUAUUUAAACCUUAAAUUUAAUCUGAUGUGUUCAGGUUUAAACUCAGGUUCAGUUAUUGAGUGAAAACACCAACAGACUCAGACAUUUAGAACAAACUAAGAGUCAGAUCAGCAGAAACAGAGAACACGGACAUGUCUGCUGUAACUGCGUCGCUCUGCUCCACGCUGAUGUUUGUCCUGUUCGUCUCUGCAGACCAGAAAAUCAUCACAGCUGAGUCUGGACAGGACGUCACUCUGACAUGUCGAGCUCCAAACGACAACAUCAUAGUUGUAGAGUGGAGCAGAGAUGACCUGGGAGAUGAACAAUGUGUGUUUGUUUACCGGAAUGGUCGACCUCUUGAUGACCAGCAUCCAUCUUUUAAGAACCGGGUGGAUCUGCAGGACAGACAGAUGAAGGAUGGAGACGUGUCUUUGAUUCUGAAGGAUGUGACGAUUAAUGACACUGGAACAUACGAGUGUCGUGUUGUCCAGAGAGAGGGAGACGGUAUAAAGCUCAUCAACAGCACCCACCUUCAUGUUGUUCCUCCAGGUCACACAGGAGGACAAGAGAAGGAUGAAGACAAAGAGAAGGAGGAUGGAUCUGUUGGACUGAUUGCUGGUCUGUCAGUUCCUGCUGUGCUUGUUGUUGUUGCUGUUGUUGGUUUUUUUAUCUACAAAAGUAGACAACAACAGAGUGAGGAAACAAAUCAGGUUUAAAUGUCUCAGAGGUUUUUCCAGCGUUGAGUCUGCUGCUGCUGUUCAGAGUUCUGGGUGUUGUCAGUGUUUAAAAUCCUGCAGAAACAGAUGAACUGAGCACAGACAGCAGGCCCACAGUACUGUAGGUUUAUUUCAUUUUUAUCUUUAAUGGCUGCUUCUGUUUUUGCUGACAGCUCAUCUCAGUGGACGAGUUUCAUCUUUAAAAACAGUCUUUACAUUUCAGCUCUGUAGUUCACUGGAACAUCCAGAGGGCUGUGACUACAAAUCAGCUUCAACACAGUCAGGCUUUCUUUGUGUUAGCUGGCUCAACUAAACCUGAAACUGCAGUCAGAGACAGCAGGUAUCACCAUGGUGAUUAUCAGCUUCCUCUGUUACCCUGGCUCUCUGCUUCAGGCUCUGAGCACGCUCAGAUGAAAAGGAGCGUUUCUUGAAUCAUGUGACUUUUCUUCUACGCAAAAUGAUCCCUGUGAGCGCCACCCAGUCCAAUCAGAGACGUUACUCAUUGAUAACUUCACUAAUGUCUCCACUAAAUGAAUACAGGUACAUUGUGACAGUGUGAUGUGCAGUUUAGCUUCAUUCGGUGGUUUCAGUAAGUUACAGUUUAACAAGCUGCACAUAUAAAACAUUUCCUCCAGCAGAGAAUCUGCAUCACAGUGAAAACGCGGCUCUAACAGCUGACUUAAAAACAAAACUCUGAACAUGACCUGCUCCCGUCCAGGUGAUGUUUCACCAUCAGUUACCAUGGUGAUUUAGCCUCUUUCUGACACAGAAAGCUCUGACUUUGAGUGUGACACAGCUCACUGAGACAUUACUCUGGUUUUGUUGUGCUCUGAGGUUCAGUUUUUCAGAGUUAGAAAAUCUCAAAGUAAAACACUUUAAAGAAUGAAACUCUACAGCUGCUGUCAGCAAAAACUUAACUUGUAACUUUUCAAACACUUGAACAUUUUUCACUUUGAUGGUUUUGUUUCCACUGACUGUAGUUACAUCAUUUUGAGCUCAGAUUACACAUUUAUGAAAUAUUUUCACACCUGAAUGUUUCAAUCAAGAUCUGAUUUCAGUUUUUUCUUUGUCUUUGUGAGCUGUGUGGUUUGUUUACCCUCAGUAUCCAUGAACAGUGUUACAGACCUGGAAUCAGUGUUUUUGUUUAUAAGAUCAAAUAUGACCUCAUUAUGUGAGUGUGAGCUUUGGACCACAAAACCUCAAUAACACUAAUCCUCAAUCAGCUGUUUCACUAAAAUUACAUCCAAGUAUAAACUGAUCCCAUCGUUCAUGCAUCACUUUGUAGCUGAUAGAUGGUUAUGCACAUCCCUGGUUGCCUAGGUAACCCUCUAAUGUAUUUACUGCCGGUACAUUUGUCUCUCAGCAGUACGAUUUACUCUUUACUGUCUGAGUUUCGUUGACCUUUCAUGACCUCUGACCCCUGCUGGUCUCUUCCUGUGUGAACACUUUUCACUGGAACUGAAAAUCUGAGUUUCUGUGAAGUUCUGUAGAUUACAGAUAAUCACAGUCUGACUCAGGAUCCAGUGAUCAGGGACAACUGAACGGCCUCUAACUGCAAAGUAUUAGUAGUUUAUUUUAUUGUUUGCUAAAAUAGUUGCACAUGUAUCAGUAUUAUAUUCCUUUAUUCAUUUGUUUUGUGUGUCUGACCUUGUAAAUAUGUGUGUGCUCUGAUUGGUUGGUUCCUGGUCAAACUUCACUGGUGCUCCCACAGCAACAACACAACUUGAAGACUCAGAGUUCACACACAGUGUCUGUAAGCUUCUCUUUGACGUUUAAUGUCUGUUUGUUUUAUUUGAGUUUAUUUAGAAUGUGACUGUAAGCAGACUUAACACUGAUUUUUUUUUUUUUUUGAAUCGCAAACUAACCAAAACCUGUGUCUCUAAUUACAGACAAUAACAUGUGUUUGCAAAGACUUGCUGAAAUGUGCCUGUAUGUUUGAGAUGUGAACUUAUAUAUGUAGAAUAAAUUUGGAGUAACAAG